AAGUUUGGGUCCUGUGAAGGGAAGUCAGCCUGGCAGAAGCUUAAGGAAGUUUCAAACCACUGUUCUGUGUGUUCUUUCCUCAGCAUUUGUACACCUGCGGACGAUCCUGCCGAGACUGCAGCAAAAAAGAGAAGGACAGAUAUCAAAUGGCUAGACGUUUGCUGCCCAGAGCCGUCUCAGGGAGAUCUUAUGACCAGGGGCUCCCCACCAGCAGAAGAGUCUCUGGAACAGGACGCAGCAGAGAAACAAGCUGUUGCAGGGGAACAGCAUGGAGGUCAGAUCUCAGAAGAUGUGUUAUCCCCAGUACCUCUGGCACCUGCUGGGGCCAAAAAGUCACCUGCCCUUGAUAUGCAAGAAAAGAAACUCCCAAGGCUGCAAAAAAGAGCAGGCGGCUUUACUCCACUCACAGAGGCCAUGGAGAGAGAGGUCAUUGCCGCAUUAGGCAAAGGUGAGCCAGAUGAGGUCAUGAGCAGUGCCUUCAAACUAAGGGUGACUCGCGAGGACAUCCGCACCCUAAGGAACCUUUGCUGGCUAAACGAUGAGGUCAUUAAAUUCUACAUGGGUCUUGUCAUGGAAAGAAGCAAGCAGGAAGGGUAUCCAUCAGUCCAUGCUUUUUGUUAUUUAUUUUACCAAAAACUAACUUCUGGGGGCUACAAAGCAGUAGGAAGAUGGACCAGGCACGUGGAUCUCUUCCAGAAGGACAUCAUCUUAGUGCCCAUUAACUUGCGCUUGCACUGGACACUAGCGGUCAUAAACACCAGAAAGAAGACGGUCAAGUACUUUGACUCGCUGGGACAAGAAGGGGACCAGAUUUGUGAGACUCUGCUCAAAUACCUGCAAGAAGAAAGCCGCGAAAAAAGAAAUGUGAAGCUGAAUGCUUCAGAGUGGACUAUUCACAGCAUGGAGCCACAUGAAAUCCCUCAGCAAUCGAAUGGAAGCGACUGCGGCGUUUUUACCUGCAAAUACGCAGAUUACAUCUGCAGAGACAAACUGAUGACCUUUACACAGACUCACAUGCCAUACUUCCGCAAGAAGAUGGUGUGGGAAAUACUCCAUCAAGAGCUGCUGUGAGACAUGCACGACAGGAGUAACCCUGGGAUCACCUUUGGAUGACCAGCUCUUCUUCUAGUUACUUUACUAAUACCUUAUUGGUAUUAGAAAUUUUUCUCUGUAGGUUAAGAAAAAAAUUUUUCUCUGUAGGUUAAGAAGUAGUGGUUAAGAUUGUUCUUUCCCCCCACCCUCCCGCCUGCCCCUAUUUUGGAGACAGUAACUCUCUUUGAAAUUAGCUAAUACACCUUAAGUGCAAGACAGAAAGGUUGGUGUCACCUGGCCAAGGGAAGGUUAAGAACAAAUGCUGAGAACUGCCAUCACAGAGAGGGCUGCUCACACCUUGCAGCGCACGUGGCCACCUUGUGGACAAAUGGGACUCAUCUGGUGGUGGUCACAGUUGUGUGAGCUGAACUUAUCUUCCCAACAACAAGGUGCUGAACUACUGUUUCCUCCAAGAGAGUUUUCUUCUGUUUCUGGAAUAAUCUACCACCUACUUGAUUCCUACAACCGGAUUUGUGAUGACCAUCAACAGAAAGCAUUUACCAUCUUUUGAUUUGCAAGAGAACCCCCUGUGGUUGGGGUUGGUUUGUUUUUUUGCUGUCUCCAGGGAUUUUU